GGCCGCUCCGGGAAGGACCCGGGGCAGGCGACCGCAGCCAAGCCAGCCUUCGGAGCAGAAGGCAUCGCUCAGACCCCGGACGAGAGGCCUAAGGGGUCGUGGGACAGAAGGUAGGGACCCGGCAACCAAACACACCUGCAGAACAAACCGAGGCUCGGGACGUUUGCGGGUGGAAAGGGUUAACGCGUUUCCAAGGCAACAGACGAGGAAGCGGCGCCCGCAGCCCGCCGCAGGUGUUUUGUGGAUUUAUUCUUCAGUGAUUACAUACCUAGUAUAUAAUUAUGGCGACGUUCCAGCCUUUCAGGAAGCGUCAUUUGAAGACUAGAGCAUCUAUCCGAAAAAGCUUCAGUGAAGAUGUGUUCCAAUCUGUGAAGUCUUUAUUAGAGAGCGAGAAGGAACUGUGCAGUAUAUCCAUAGAGGACUGUGUAAGACAGAAUGAACAUGCCAAUUUAACAGAGGUGACAUUUCUAGGCUUUAAUGAAGAAACAGAUGCUGCUCAAAUACAGGACUUAGCUGCAGUUUCUUUGGAACUUCCAGAUCUUCUGAAUUCACUCCAUUUCUGCAGUUUAAAUGAAAAUGAAAUUAUAUGUUUGAAGGAUAUAAGUAAAACAUCAGAUAUAAACAGUUGUCCUCUAAAUCAGAAUCAUCAUUCUGGAAUGCUUUGUGUCAUGAGAGUGUCACCUACAUUACCAAGACUCAGAAUUGAUUUUAUCUUUAAUCUUCUAAGUAAAUACGCCACUGGUAUAAGAUACACCCUGGACACAUUCUUGCAUCAGAAGCAUCAGCUCCAGACCACUGAUGAUGAUGAUGAUGAUGAUACUAACCAGUCUGUGUCUUCCAUAGAGGAUGAUUUUGUCACAGCUUUUGAGCAAUUAGAAGAAGAAACUUCAAAGCCACAUGAUGAUGGAAUAAAUAUUACCACACUAAAGAGCCAGUGUGAUGCUGCCUCGCAGACUACUUCUGGUCAUCACUUAGAAACUCGUGAUUUAAAGAUACUGGUUAGCUCUGGACAGCCAAAGUCAUGGGCUAAACCUCCAUCUUUAGUAAAUAUUCUAGGACACAAAGAACCACCUUCUGUGAAAACUUCUGUCACAACAUCUGUUUCAGAGCCUUGGAUCCAAAGGAGUUUCUAUAGGUCAUCUAAUGCUUCAGAUAAAGGUAGUGAUAUACAGAAAACACUUUCUUCUUCUCCUGCUUACUCAUCUGAAUCGGAAUGUUCUAGUCCAAGUCCUGUUAUUUUCUUGGAUGAAGAGGGAUAUCAAAAAAGUUUAAAAGCUAAACUUGAGCUGCCUAAAAUUCCUGUGAUGAAAGAUGAUAUAGAGGAUUCAGACUCAGAAGUCAGUGAAUUUUUUGACAGUUUUGACCAGUUUGAUGAACUAGAACAACCUUUAGAAACUUCUUGUCUCCUUAUAAAAGAUCCUGCUGUAGGGAAGUCAUUGCAGAAGAAAGGGCACAAACAUGAAAAAUCUUGUAUGAAUCCUCAAAAAUUCAAGUUUGAUUGUCCAGCUCUCCCAGCUAACAUUAGAAAGCCAACUCCUCGUAAACCAGAAUCUCCAUAUAGCAACCUGGGCGAUGCUCCAGAUUCUCCCCGCCCAGCAAAGGCGUCAGGAGAUGACAGUGGUUUGUUUAGCCCUGUUCGAUCCUCUGCUUUUAGUCCUCUUGGAAACUAUACUCCUGUUGAAUGUUUUUGCCAAACAGAUAUUGGUGGAGAUAAGAGUCUUGAAAAUCACAAUUCUGCUUAUCACACUUACGGAGAUUAUGCAAAUAGUAUUUCAUGUGAAGUGCUAGGCUCAAUUCUCCAUACUCAAAAUGCUAAUGCAAUGUCAAACAUUAAUAGCUUUAAAGGGGGAGAUAAGAUCAUAGCUUUUAAGUAUGGAAACCUUAAAAAUAAAUCUAAAAAUAAAUCUUUAAUGAUUAAAGAUAGCAUUCAGAAAUUUGCAGCAGAUCUUGUAGAGAAAAGUUUUGGCAGUGCAUUUAAAGACUUACAGAAAGGAGUCUCUUCAUGUACCAAUGCACUGUGCCACUUAGCCAUCAAAUUGACAUCAUCGGUUUUUCAGAUGGCAUUUAAUGAACUAAGAAGACAGCGUGCAUUUUACCUGAAAGAGCGUGCCAUUGGUAGUCUGGCUAAUUUUUUGGUGAGUGAAGCCUUAUCAAAUGCCUUAAAAGAUUUACAGUAUGUGAGGAGGCAGAUAUUUACAAACACAGUUGCUAGGUUUGCUGCAGAUCUUGCAGAAGAACUUGUUUUUGAAGGCAUCAUGGAGGUGUGUCAGUUUUCAUAUCCUCCAACACCUGCAUCUCCACAGGGCCGUUCAUUUGACUUUGAAGAAAAAGUAGUGAAAUCAUAUGCAAAAGAUUUGUCUGAAUCUGUUAUACAGGAAGCAUUCAUUGAGCUAUCACAGAUUGAUGUGACCUUCACAACAAAGGCAGCAGUUAGUGUUUCUAUGGAUAACAAGUAUGGGAGUGCAGAAAGUAUGCCAUCCACACAGAUCUUCACAUUUUCUCCAUCAAGUGUGGCAGCAAAACCAAUACUGGACUACAAAAAGGAAUACACAGUGCAGCAGGCCUUGAUUUGUACUUCAGGAGUUGUCACUUCCAUCCCAGUGCCUUUGGCAGGAAGUGCCCUCCUCCCAUAUCAUAUUUCCUCUACUAUGUUUCAGGCUAAGUCUCAUGUGUCAUCUACUGAUAAUAAUCCAAAUGGCUAUUCUACCCAAGUAGAUGUUGCCACAAAAAACAAAGAGGAAGUAGCUUGUGUCAGAAAUGCAUGUUUACCUUCAGAACUUAGUCCAGAUACUCAGAAUGAUUUAAAACCAACUACUGUUACUGAAACGCACAAUUCUUCAAAACUAACAAGUGGUCCGGAGAUUAUUAGCAACUUUUCUGCUGCAAUGGUCCAUACAAUAGUAAAUGAAACUUUAGAAUCAAUGACAUCUUUCAAAGUUACAAGAACAGUUGAUGAAAAGACAGACUAUUUAACUAAAACAAUAAAAGGGAAAACUUCUUUCCCUCAUUGUGAUCAAGCAACAUCACAGCAGAGUGAAGCUCGCAAUAAGGAUAUGUUUGCUGAACAAUUAUCUAAAUCUAUUAUUAAACAUUCCAUAGAUAAAAGCAAAACAGUGAUCCCAAAUUUAGAUAAAAAUGCAAUAUAUAAGAGAGGCUUGCCUAUUCUUGGAGAAGGAUCACAGCUGACCUUGGAAAAAUUCCCAAGAGUACUUGAGGCUCAUGAUCACUUACCUCACUGUUCACUUUCAUUUGGAAAAGAUUGUGUUCCAGGAUGUCAAAUGUCUGUGGAUUCUUAUGAACUUCCUUUAGAGAUGGUGCCACCUGCUCCAACUCAGAAACCUGAUUUGAAGGAAUUGCCUAAAGAUAAGCCAGUGAAAAAACAUGUAAAUAAUACAGCAGUUGAGCCCUUCUCUUUUGCACAAGAUUGCUCUUUUCAUCACUCACACACUUUGUCAUCUACAGUACUCACCUGUGUAGAUAGUCUACAUGUGGAAGAUAAACAGAAAAUCAGAGAGAAAAAUGUAAUACCUGAUACUCCUCCAUCAACUCCUCUGGUACCUUCCCAGGCUAGUUCUGAAUGGGACAUCAAGAAGUUAACCAAAAAACUCAAGGGGGAAUUAGCCAAAGAAUUUGCACCUGCUACACCACCUUCUACGCCUCAUAACUCCUCUGUUGGUAGUUUAACUGAAAAUGAACAAAAUACCAUAGAGAAAGAAGAAUUUAUGCUAAAACUCAUGCGAUCUCUUUCAGAAGAAGUUGAAAGUGGUGAAAGUGAAGAGCAUUCAGAAAUGGAUGUCAAGUCAGAGAACUCAGGGAAGAAAGUUCAGUUUGCAGAAGCUCUGGCUACACAUAUCAUAUCUCUUGCAACUGAGAUGGUGGCCUCCCAUUUAGAUCAUGAAGUAACUCGAGAACCUAAGAUUCAAAAUCCUUGCUUAAGUGUGCAGAGUCCAAGAAGUACAUUGCCUACUUUUAUAAGUCAUUCAGAUGAAAAUGUACAAACUUGCAAUUUUGCAGGUGAUAUGGCCGCAGCAGUUAUUGCAGAAGCUGAGAAAACAGCAAAAGUUAGGAAUUGUGCACUUUUCAGGCAGAAGAACAGUUGUUAUUGUGAUGAUGACCAAGACAAGUCAGAAGAAAAGUUGGAUACAGAGAUUGUAGCACACCCUAGAGAAGUGGAUCCAUUUAUUCUGUCCUUACCACCAAGUUCUUUUGUGUCAGGUCUGACACAUAAGUAUCCUAGCUGUGAAAGUGUGACAGAUGAAUAUGCAGGUCAUAUUAUCCAAAUACUAAAACAGGAAGGUGGUAAUGGUGAGUUAAUAAUGGAUCAGUAUGCCAAUAGACUUGCUUAUCGGUCUGUUAAGUCAGGAUUACAAGAAGCAGCUAAGACAGUCAAGAUGAAGUGUAACUUAAAAAUAUUCCCUGAGCAAAGCUCACAAGUGAAAAAUAGCAAUGAACUGUUUUCAAAUAAGGAGCACCUUGAAGUUGAGAAACCAAGACAAAGGAAAAGAAAUGGAGGUCAUCUUUGCAAAAACCAGACUUGUGAAAAGACACAAGACUUGUAUAGAAAUGAUUGCUCUGAACUGUAUAGUUUCUCAGCCUCUCUUGCUCACAGUAUAACAAGAGAUGUUAAAAAAGAGUUAACAGUACCUGCCAUUGACUCGACAAGAUCCCUACUGGAUUCUUGCCUUUUUGAAAAAUCUGGAUGUGUUGAAGAUACUGAAAGUGUUAUUAGACCAGAAUUUCCUAAAUCUCUUCAGUAUUCCACACAAAAUCAUGGCUUUUACCAUCAUGCUGGCAGCUUCAGUGAAUAUGGUUCUGGGAAUAAUGUUAUCCAAACCAUAGAACAGUAUGCAAAAAAAGUAGUGGAUGAUACUUUAGAACUAGGCUUAGGGUCCACAGUUUUCCAAGUGUCUGAGGCCACGAAAUUGGCAGAUAGAAUCACUUAUGCUGAAAAGUUAUCACCUCUUAUAAGUCAAGCUUGCAGAUAUUGUGACCUUAAAGAACUCCAUGACUGUACUGGAAACUCAUCCCAGCAGUUUUCAAAACAGGGAUCAUGUGGUAGUAGGAAGCCAGCUUCAAAUCCAAAACUUAGCAACAUCUAUCAGAAAUCUAGAAUUUUUCAUCUUGACGUCCCUCAGAUACAUGUUAAUCUUGAUAAAAAGACAAUGCUUGCUGAGAAAAUAGUUGCUGAAGCCAUUGAGAAAGCAGAGAGAGAGCUGAGCAACACCAGUUUGGCAGCUGAUAGUGGAAUUGGACAAGAUGGCAUUAGUUUUGCUGAAAGCCUUACCACAGAAAUAAUGACAUCCGCCAUGAUGAAUGUUGGGCAUGAUGUCAGCAGUUCAAAAGACAUAGAAGACUUUCCGUCCAAUGAGUCAUUUAGUAGCCAGCAGAUGAAUCUCAGUGUUGGUGAGGAUAGCACGGGUAGCUGGUCCAAUUUAAGUUUUGAGGAUGAUCACCAAGAUGAAAGCAGCAGUUUUCAUCAUCUAAGUGAAAGCAGUAAUGGUAACAGCAGUAGCUGGAGCAGUCUUGGUUUAGAAGGAGAUUUGUAUGAGGACAAUUUAUCCUUUCCAACAUCAGACAGUGAUGAGCCAGAAGAUGAAGAUGAAGAGCAUGAGGACGAAAUAGAAUGUUUGGAGCCAAAUGGAAAGACUCUGCUGAUAACGAAUGUUGAUAUGGAGCCGUGCACAGUAGACCCACAGCUACGGAUUGUUCUUCAGUGGCUUGUUGCCUCUGAGGCUGAAGUUGCAGAACUAUGUCUUCACGACUCUUCAAAGAAGGAGUUUAUACUACUUUCAAAACAGUUACAAGAAAAAGGAUGGAAAGUAGGAGACCUCCUGCAGGCUGUACUUAAAUAUUAUGAAGCAGUGGAAAAGCCCUCCAGCGAAGAGAGGUGCAAGUCGCUGUUCGAUUGGCUCCUGGAAAAUGCAUAGAACAAACCCCGAGCCAAUAUAUUUUAUUAUUUGUUUGGGAAAGGAAGAAACAGAUUAAUAUGUUUAUGAUAAAAUUCAAAUAGUGAAUAUUAACAUUUUAAAUGAGUUGGGAGAAAAGUAAAUACAGCUUUUUUUUAAGUGCUUUCUGUCAUCACACUGUAUAUAAUUCAUACUUUUAUAAUCUCUUAAAAUAUUAUCCUCACUUAUUCUUCUAUAAAUACAUGUGUGGUAUGUUAAGAUCCUAAGAACAUGUAUGUGAAGGAAGGUCUAACCUAAGGUUUUCUGGGACAUUAUCCAACAGCACUCUUUUUGGAUCCAAAUAGUGCUGCUUGAAACUGCACUGAGCUGCUGGGGAGAGGAUCCAGUGAAUGAGACUUAAAAUUUUGCUCCUUUGCAAACAAAUGCCUCUGACUAAUAUCUAGCAUCAAAAAAAUAAAACCGAGUCUAUUUUGUUUUUUGUUUCUG